CAGUCGUGCUCAGAUAAAGGGUUAGAUGCUCUUGUAUGCUGUGUGUUUGUACCUGGCCUCUCCAUCAUCUACCCCAUCUGUACUGUAGUUCCGCCCGCAGAGCGCUACUGCGCAUGCGCACUGCCGGAGCUCCAGGGCUGAUUAGCAGCAGCCGUGCGAAAAUGGCUAAAGACAAUUUCAUCUUCGCGCAGUGCAUCUUGUAUUUUUUGGCGUUUGUCUUCGGCUUUAUCGCGGUCGUGCCUCUCUCGGAGAAUACUGAGGAUUUCCGAGGAAAAUGUCUGCUUUUCACGCGAGGUAUGUGGCAGAACGAGAACAUCACGGUGUCCAAGCAGCGGUUUAUAAUAGAGGAGUGGGGACCUCCGUCUUCCUGCAGCUUCAUCACUUUCGUGGGCAUCGCCUCUCUCGUCCUGUCCGCGGUGCAAGCCUGGAGGCUCCUCUUCUUCAUUUGCAAAGGCCACGACGACUCCAUCUUCAAUGCCUUCCUGAACCUGCUGAUCAGCUCGUUCGUGGUGUUUGCUGUGUUCCUGUCCAGCACCAUUGUGAGUGUGGGCUUCAAUCUGUGGUGCGAUGCCAUAACUGAGGGGGGCAGCAUGCCCAGCAGCUGUGAGGACUUGCAGGACACUGAUCUGGAGCUAGGGUUGGACAACUCUGCAUUCUAUGACCAGUUUGCCAUUGCACAAUUUGGACUGUGGGCUGCUUGGUUGACCUGGUUGGGCAUCACAGUCAUGGCCUUCUUGAAGGUCUACCAUAACUACAGGCAGGAGGACAUGCUGGACAGCCUGAUCCAUGAGAAAGAGUUCCUGUUGGGCCGCUCCUCACGCCGCUGUUCCGACGUGGUGGAUAAGAAAAGUGGCAUGAUCUGAUCUUCUCUGGAACAUCUGUUAAUUCUCCAUUGCUGUGGAGCACAUGGUUCAUGGCUGAAUAUAUGAUGAUUGAGAUGAGGCACGAGAUACAUCCACAUGCACUGAAUAAAGUAGUAGUAAGAUUACCAUAGAAUAGAGAUUACCACAGCUUUUUCUGUCAUAGUAUACAAGUUAAGGGACUAAAAACUGCAAUCUAUGGUAAAGCUGUAGUAACUCUGUAGUAAUAUUCAAUUAUUGUGAACCCUGUUUAAAAUACAUUAGAUAUACAUAUUGCUCUUUUUAGAUGUAUUUCCAACAUUCAACUAGUAUUAUAUCUCGUUGUACUUUUACUCCAGCUUGUAUAAACAACUAUGAAAACGUGGGCUACAAGGCAGUAUUCUGUGUUAAAAGGCUUGAAUUCUGCAACACAGUCUCCCUUCUAGAAUUCUGUUGAAUAAUUCUGAGCUAAUAAUUAGAAACGGUAUUUCAAUUAGUGUGUUCAGUAUACAGUAUUUAAUCUGAUUUACAGUACUGUACUCUCUCCUUGGAUUCUGUUCUUACCUCUGCUAUAAUCGGUGUGUGUAUGCAUAUAUGAUGUGUAAUCAUUCAUGUACAGUUGUAUAUGUGAAGGCAAUAUGCGAUCCAUUAUGCUCUGUUCAACUGUAUAAGUAGCUUAGCAUAAGUAAGUCAUAAAGAAUGCACUAGCAUCCUGCACUUUCCAAACAAAUGGCCAUGUGAGAUUUAUAAGGAUGAUGUGUUAGUCAAAGUUCUCCAAAACAUGACGUUUGCCAGUUUUUUUCUGAUGAAACAUGAUUUAAAGGUAUACAGUUGCACAGCGCAUAAUGUCUCUCAGUGUCACUCUUUUUAUUUAUUUAUUUCAUGUGGUAUGACAGACAGUAUUUGCAACUCGAGUGUUUGCUGCAUGCUGCAAUAAAAUGUGGUGUGUGCAUUUUCUGUAUGAACUAUUUCAAGUAGCCAAAUACCUAUUUUGUAACCCUAAUGGAAUAUUUUUAAUUCCAUGUGUUUAUUAAUUUAGUAAACGCAUGUUUAUUCAUUUUAAUGUGUGUUUGCAACACAAUCAUAUAAACACUUGUCAUCUCUAUCCUGUAUAAAAUACAGUCCAUAAAUUAUA